GAAUUCGUGGUUGGAUAGCCGCCAAUGACGUGCAUGCCAAUUGCUGGUGUCACCCUGUCUUCAACUAUAUCAGGCACGCAGUCCUCCUCACCGAAAUGAGACUUGCUACGUCGAUAUCUGCCCUCUGAUCCUCAAGCAGCACAGAAUGGCCCGAUUCAAUCUACUUCGCCUAGCGGUGGCCAGCUCCUUGUCGAUCCCGGUGGUUCUGGCUGGCAGCAUCGGGGAUGUCUUCGGCUCCAGCAAAUGCCUCUUCUCCAAACCGGAGCUGUCUUGCUCGGCGGCGGCGCAAUCGGGCCUAGUUGACUCGUGCUGCGUCGAAACGCUCGGCGGUCUGGUAAUAUCGACGCAGUUUUGGGACACAUACACGGGACGUGAAAGCCUCGGACAACUGCUGCCCAAGAACUCGUUCACGCUGCACGGGCUGUGGCCCGACUUCUGCAACGGCUCGUGGACUCAAUACUGCGACCUGAACCGGCAGUACGACCCCAACCCGUCGCCCAACACGACAACAGGCACCCCGGCCGGGACCCCCGUGCCUCCCUACCACGGGCCGACCGUCGACACCUUCCUGGCGGCCCUCGGCCUCCCCGGCCGCGCGCUUCUCGCGUGGAUGAACAAGUUCUGGAUCGCGCAGGGCCAGCCCAACACCGAGUUCUGGGCGCACGAGUUCUCCAAGCACGCCACGUGCUACAGCACCUUUGCGCCCUCGUGCUUCUCGGCCAAGGCCCUCGACACGCACACGGACCUGCUGACCUUUUUCUCCGUCGCCGCCGAGUACUUCACGCGCCUGCCCACGUACGAAUGGCUCGCGGCCAAGGCCAUCAGGCCGAGCAACUCGACCGGCUACACGCUCGUCGACAUCCAGUCGACGCUCGCCGCCAGGCACGGCGCCACGCCCUACCUCGGCUGCUCGGGCCCCAAGUACAACGACACGGCCGCCGGCAAGGGGUCGCUGGACAACGGGCGCACCGUGCUGACGGAGAUCUGGUACUACUAUCAUAUCUACGGCCAGGUCCAGGCGGGUAGCGGCAAGCCGGUUGGGGCUGAUGUCAAUGGCGGUAGCACGAGCAGCUGCGCCAAGGCGGCCAAAGCCGUGUGGUAUUAUGAGCGGACGCCCGGGUCGGAGAGGUGGUUGUUUUGAGAUGGCGAUUUGUUUGUGGAUAAUAGUCGGUUUUAGGGCAGAUUCCCCCUUAGUGAACGGAAAAUAAACUAGGGUUUCCUGGACAGUCUAUUUCCUUCGAACGGCGGUCUUGAUGGCCAGUCGGGUGGCUUUAAAGUGUAAUUACCCCAUGCCAUAGUUGUUGUCUACGGACAACGGUGGGCAGGUCGGGACUAUUAGCCGCAGAGUCUGGCCGUCGAGAAGAUACGUUUGGCCAACCUUCCAAUUCAAGCCGAGUAGCUGAUGUUUUGCUUGCCACAGAGGGCUUUGACAACCGCCGACAGUCAUUCGGGAACAUGUAAUCUUGAA